AUGGCCAAGACUCAGAACAAAGCUCACAAGAAUGGCAGCCAGAAGAAGAAGGGCAAUAAGAGUAAAAGAAACGGUCCAACAGCGGUCGCAAUGAAACAGAAGGCUCCGGCGGCGGACAAUCCUUUCGAGACGAUUUGGUCCCGCCGCAAAUUCGACAUCCUCGGCCGGAAGCGCAAGGGCGAAGAGCGCCGAGUCGGCCUCUCCCGCUCCAAGGCCAUUGACAAGCGGAAGAGCACGCUGUUGAAGGACUACGAGCGGAGCACCAAGUCAUCUGUGUUCGUCGACAACCGGAUUGGAGAGAACAACGAUGAGCUUGGAGAGUUUGAUAAAGCGGUUAUGCGGUCGCAGAGGGAGCAUAAGAUGAAAUUGGGGAAGAGGAGUAAGUACAACUUGUCAGAUGGAGAGGAGGAUGAUUUUGGCACUUCCGCUCUUGGCUCGUUUGGGGAAAGGGAUGAUUUUGAGGAUGAAGUGCCGUUUGAUGACGAAGAUGAUUAUGGAGAACAGAAUGGAGGAAAAAAGAAGUCAGGAAUCUUAAGGCAUCUUAAUGCUCCAAACGUGGGAGAGGAUGGUACGACAGAAGCAGAAGAAAAUAUACAUAAAUCAAAGAAGGAAGUAAUGCAGGAGAUUAUAUUGAAGAGCAAACAUUUCAAGGCUGAAAAGGCUAAAGAGAAGGAAGAGAAUGAAAAGCUUAUGGAAGAAUUGGAUAAGAAGUUCACAUCUUUGGAGCAGUCUAAGGUUCUGUCAUCUUUGAUUGAGCCUGGCAAGAGUGCUUUGAAAGCUGCAGUGAAUAAGAUCAUUCCUAAGGAUGAAGACAAAAAUAAUAAGUUGUUAACUGCUAAGAAACCGGAAAUUCCAAGUCAGGAACAACCUGAUUAUUACGAUAAGCUUUUCUCUGAGAUGGUGUUCGAUAUUCGUGCUCGCCCAUCAGACAGGACUAAGACACCAGAAGAAAUUGCCCAGGAUGAGAGAGAGCGCCUUGAACAAUUAGAGGAGGAGAGGCAGAAAAGAAUGGUCGCAGCUGAAGAUUCGAGUGAUGAAGACAAAGGUGACACUGAGAUGGCCUCAAACCAGAAACGUCAACCAGCAUCUGGCGAUGAUCUUGGUGAUUCCUUUUCUGUUGAAGAGCCUGGAACUAGAAAGGGAUGGGUUGAUGAGAUCCUUGAAAGAGAGGAAGCUGAAGAGGAUGACGCUUCUGAGGCUGAGACUGGUGAAGAUGAUGAAGGAUCGGAGGAAGAAAGUGACGAGGAUGCACGUGACAAGGCCCAGUCUUUGAAGGACUGGGAACAGAGUGAUGAUGAGAAUCUUGAUACAGAUUUGGAAGAAGAUGAUGAUGACGAUGAUGAUGAUGAUGAGAAAAUUGAUGAUGCAAAGAAAGUUACUGAGCCGAUUGGCGUGAAAAGGUCAAAGAAAAGUGCUGUGACCAAACCCGCGGAAGUUAAUGAUGAAACUCAGAAUGCUAAGAAAAACAAAACAACCAGUGAACGGCGAUCAGUGCAACUAGACAUUCCAUUCUUGAUUGAAGCCCCAAAGAGUAUGGAAGAACUUUGUGCCUUGAUAGACAAUCGUUCUAAUAGUGACAUCCUUGUUGUAGUCAAUCGAAUUCGAGCAAGCAAUGCAAUAAAGCUAGCUGCAGAAAACAGGAAGAAAAUGCAGAUAUUCUAUGGUGUACUGUUGCAGUACUUUGCAGUUCUAGCUAAUAAAAAGCCCUUGAAUUUCGAGCUGUUGAAUUUGCUUGUCAAGCCCCUAAUGGAGAUGAGCUUGGAGAUCCCCUAUUUCUCUGCAAUCUGUGCUCGACAGCGUAUUUUGAAAACUAGAUCGCAGUUUUGUGAGUCAAUAAAGAGUCAAGAAGGGAGUUGUUGGCCAUCUUUGAAAACAUUGUCGUUGUUGAGGUUGUGGUCCAUGAUUUUCCCAUGCUCAGACUUCCGCCAUGUCGUCAUGACGCCAGCAAUAUUACUCAUGUGUGAAUAUUUGAUGCGUUGCCCCAUCUCAUCUGCUCGUGAUAUUGCUGUUGGCUCUUUCUUAUGCUCCAUGGUUCUCUCUAUCACUAGAGAUUCUCGGAAGUUUUGCCCGGAGGCUAUAAUUUUUCUACGAACCCUGCUUAUGGCAGCCAGCCAAAGAUUGCCAGACUCUCAUCAAGAAUCUCAGUUUCAUCCCAUCAGAGAGUUAAAGGAACUUAGGCCCCUGCUUAAUAUACGUGAUGAUGUGCCAGAGAUUAGCCCUGUUAGUUUCCUUUCAGUUAUGGAUAUGCCAGAAGACUCAUCGCUUUUUGCCUCGGACAAUUUCAGGGCAAGCGUGCUGAUCACUGUGAUAGAAAAUCUAAAGGGGUUUAUUGAAAUGUACGGAGGGCUCAGUUCCUUCCCUGAAACCUUCCUACCUAUUUCAACACUAUUGCUAGGGUUGGCAGAACAGGGAAACAUGCCGCCUGCAUUACAGGAGAAAGCGAGAGAAGUUGCUCUCCUCAUCAAGCAGAAAGCUGAUGACCAUCAUCUCCUGCGUCAACCACUACAGAUACGGAAGCAGAAGCCAGUCCCCAUCAAAUUACUUACCCCGAAAUUCGAAGAGAACUAUGUGAAAGGUAGAGACUAUGACCCAGAUCGAGAGAGGGUAGAGAGGAAGAAAUUGAAGAAAGAACUAAGACAGGAAGCUAAAGGAGCAGCUCGUGAAUUGCGUAAAGACAACUAUUUCUUGCUGGAUGUGAAGGCAAGAGAGAGGGCCCUGAGGGAGGAAGAAAAAAUGGAGGCACACGGUAAGGCAAAGGCGUUCCUUCAAGAACAGGAGAGUGCUUUCAAAUCUGGCCAGUUGGGAAAAGGCAGGAAGCGCCGAAGAUGA